AUGACAAAGGAAAUAAUGGCAACAGAUGCUUUCUUAGGUCCAGUAUGCGAUUACGUCAUAGCUCCAGUUGCCAGAUAUUCGGCAACAUGGGGAAUCCCCGUAUUAACGGCUGGCGCACAAGCGAAUCCGUUUCGACAUAAAACGUUUAAUUUUCACACUCUUACACGCAUGAUGGGAUCGUAUACCCUCGUCGGUGAAGCGUUGAGACACAUAUUAGAAAAUUACGGUUGGAAAGUUGCCGGAUUGUUAUAUCACAAUCAUGGAAAAGAAGGACCCCUUGGAAAUUCAAUAUGUCAUUUUACAAUGGCCGCCGUUUAUUCCGCACUCAACGAGACUCCCGUUCAUAGAAGUUUUAAUCAAAAUACAUUUACCUACAAUCAAAUAAAAGAACUUUUACAAACCGUUGCUAAAAAUUCAAGAAUUGUUGUCGUUUGUGCAAAUCCUCAUACGGUGAGAGAAAUUUUACUGGCCGCAGAAGAAUUGCUCAUGGUCGACAGCGGAGAAUAUGUUUUUUUUAACAUCGAACUUCUCAACAGCAUGAACAACGACAGUUACACACCGUGGUUUAAUAAAAACGAUACGCACGAAAGAAAUGAAAGAGCUAAAAAAGCGUAUACGGCACUGCUUACGGUUACGGCCAUGACACCGGAAAACACGGAAUACGAACAAUUUUCAAAAGAGGUGAAAGAAUUAGCAGAAAAAAAUUACAAUUAUAGUUUUGGUGAUGAUUCCGUAUCGACUUUUAUAACGGCUUUUUACGAUGCCGUCAUACUUUAUUCACUUGCACUUAACGAAUCAAUAAGAGAAGGUGGGUCAGAGGUCAAUGGAAACGAUAUAACGAGACGUAUGUGGAAUAGAACGUUCAAAGGAAUCACCGGCGAUGUUCACAUAGAUGGAAACGGUGAUAGAUUUGCCGAUUAUUCACUUUUAGACAUGAAUCCGGAAACUAAUAGAUUUGAGAUUGUCGCCAAUUAUAUAGGAGCAACGAGAACGUUACAAACGGUCAAAGGAAAAAAAAUUCAUUGGGCUGCGGAUAGAGAGCAUCCACCCCCCGAUACACCCAAAUGUGGAUUCGAUGGAUCUCUGUGUCAGACGAUGCCCGAAUACGCAAUUCUAAGCAUUAUAUUAAGCACUUUAGUUGUCAUCGUUAUCAUCGUUUCCGUAAUUUUGUUCAGACAUUACAAAUUGGAAGCGGAAAUAGCGUCCAUGACAUGGAAAAUAUCGAUCGACGAAUUGGUUUUUCCAAAUGAAAAAAGAGGACAAGGAAGCAUAAUUCUCAACAUGGGUAGAAGAGGUAGUCAAUUGACCGUCGUGUCGUAUGGAGGUAUAAGCAAUUACGAAGGAAAACAAAUUUUUAUACGUCGAGCCAUAUACAAAGGUAUUCAAGUGGCUGUAAAAGAUGUACAAAAAACAAGAUUCGAAUUCAACAGAUCUCUUCUUUGCGAAUUUAAAAGAAUGAAAGACAUACAUCACGAUCAUCUUGUGAGAUUUUACGGAGCUUGUAUAACUCCAUCAAUGAUAAUGUUUAUAACCGAAUAUUGUCCUAAGGGUAGCUUACAAGACAUAUUGGAAAACGAACAAUUUAAACUCGAUUGGAUGUUUAAAUUUAGUCUCAUGCAAGAUAUCGUUAGGGGGAUGCUGUACAUACACAAUUCAGAAAUAAGAUCUCACGGUAAUUUAAAAUCGUCAAAUUGUUUAGUCGAUGCUCGAUUCGUAUUGAAAAUUUCAGAUUUUGGACUUCAUUCGUUAAGAGCACCAAAAGAUUUAGAUCCCGGAGAUCACGCUUAUUGGAAAAGAUUGCUUUGGACGGCUCCUGAACUUCUGAGAAUGGAAGAAAAUGCACCGCCGGAAGGUACGCAAAAAGGAGACGUUUAUUCUUUCGGAAUAAUCGUACACGAAAUGUUAACGAGACAGGGGCCAUUUUACAUAGAUGACGUUAACAUGUCGCCAAGAAUUGAUCAAAACAAAGAUGGAGGACGUGAAAUUGACGGUUGA